CAGUUUGGUAUGCGAAGCGUUCUAGGAAGGUCAUCGAAUUAUGAUGGACAUUUUGGCACAUCAUUCUCUAAUAGAUCGCGUACUUAAUUGGGUUGAGCGUAAUGAAACUGUAAAGCUUCCGGUUAAGAGUUCGAUAUAUUCGGAUAUUGAUUUGAUUCUCGCCUUUCUUGUUAGGUUGUUAAAUUUCUUAAUUUUUAGUGACACAAUGUAAGAAAAAUUGGUUGGUGUUUCUGAGUUAGGUAGUGAAUGUAUUGAGCAACUAUUGAUUUUUGUAUUCAUUCGUUUUUUUAUAAUCAAAAAUAUUUUUUUUGUCUUAUCUAAUACUCAAUGUUUUUUGGCCAUAGUAGUAGAGCACAUUAUUACAUAAAGUUAAUAAUUAUUAUUACUUCAAAAAAUCACCCUAUAAGUGUUUUUUAACCUUUUUGACAUUACCUAUUUUUAUCUCAACUUUUUUGUUUAUACUAUUUGAAAUUCAUGAAACGAAUAUUCCAAACUAUAUUUAACAAUAUUUUUUUAAAUACGAAUAUUUGUUUACAAUUCCUGGCCUAUUUUUUAUUUAUAGCCCAUUAAUGUAAUUCAUGCCGACAAGAGGAUUUACAUAAAAAUAUCCAUUGACGAUAAACCAUACUUGUUACAGAAAAGAAUAAUUUUUUAAAACUAUUUCUGCAUUUCUUUCUAAAAGUUCUCUUUUUUCCUACAGUGGUGCAAGCACGGUAGCAAUAGAUAAUAAAAUAGAGCAAGCAAUGGAUUUAGUAAAAUCGCACCUUAUGUAUGCAGUUAAAGAAGAAGUUGAUGUAUUAAAAGUGCAAAUUAAAGAACUCUUAGAAAAAAAUCAGAGACUAGAAAUGGAGAAUGAUAUAUUACGAAAAAAUGUUACACCUGACGUUAUAGCUUCACUACCGAAUUCCCAACAGGGCACUGGGCAAUCACCUUCUCCUCAUGCUUCUUAG